UCUCUUUCUUUCUUUCUUUCUAUCCGCUUCGCUUCUGUGCUCUCUCUGUGAUUCCCACUCGUUUUCCCCCAAACAGCACAAAAAGAGAAAACAAAAGCGAAAAAGUAGAGUGAGAGAGAGAGAGAGAGAGAGAGAAACAAAAACAAGAUCCUAGAAAGAGAAACUUCACCGCCGGCGACACUCUGAACUGAUUCAACUUAAGUAAUGCACAUGCGAGUCUCAUUCUAAGCACCUUCGGAAAAUGCACUGAUUCCAGUUUCUCCAUCAAAAAACCUCACACUAGCACCACAACCGCAAAGUUCAAAAAGAGAAUGCGCGAAGGCGACGUCGUGCCGGCGACGGCGACGGCGUCUCCGUUGCCGCCGGUGGUGGUUGCCGGCCGAAGCCGGUCGCAGGGCUUCACGACGCGGCGAGUGACUCCGGCCGCUCCAACGGCCGGAUCCGCCGCCGUGGAGCGCGUUCUCCCUAAUGGUGACUUCUACGCCGGGAGCUUCUCCGGCAAUGUCCCGCACGGAUCAGGAAAAUACCUCUGGACCGACGGAUGCAUGUACGAGGGCGAGUGGAAGCGCGGAAAAGCCUCUGGAAAAGGCAAAUUCUCAUGGCCUUCAGGCGCGACUUACGAGGGCGAGUUCAAAUCGGGUCGCAUGGAAGGGUUCGGAACCUUCGUCGGAUCCGACGGCGACACCUACCGCGGGUCGUGGAGCUCCGACAGAAAACACGGGUUCGGGCAGAAGCGUUAUGUUAACGGUGACUUAUACGAAGGGUCCUGGAAGCGCAACGUGCAAGACGGUCACGGCCGUUACGUCUGGAAAAACGGGAACGAGUACGUCGGGGAGUGGAAGAACGGCGUGAUUAACGGCAAGGGAGCUUUACUCUGGGCAAACGGAAACCGUUACGAGGGGCUGUGGGAGAACGGCGUCCCCAAGGGUAACGGCGUUAUGAAGAUUCAUCACCGUUUGCUCUGGGGUGAUAAUUUUAACGUGAAGCGGUUCUCCGUUGAAGGAAGAGGGAGCGUUAAUAGCGAUAAGAGUUUCCCCAGGAUUUGUAUUUGGGAGUCGGAGGGUGAAGCCGGUGACAUCACGUGCGAUAUUAUCGAUAAUGUGGAGGCGUCGAUGUUUUACCGCGACGGAACGACGUCGGAUUGUGAAGAGAAAGAGAUGAAGAGGAACCCUUGUUGUUUCUCGAGCGAGGUGAAAAGACCUGGAGAAACAGUUUCCAAGGGGCAUAAGAAUUAUGAGUUGAUGCUUAAUCUGCAAUUGGGGAUAAGGUACACUGUUGGGAAGGAGGCUUCGAUUUUGCGGGAGCUUAAGCAGGGUGAUUUUGAUCCGAAGGAGAAGUUCUGGACUAGGUUUCCGACGGAGGGGUCGAAGCUUACACCGCCGCAUCAGUCCGCGGAGUUUCGAUGGAAGGAUUACUGCCCUGUGGUUUUUAGGCAUUUGAGGAACCUGUUUCAGGUGGAUCCUGCUGAUUACAUGUUGGCUAUAUGUGGAAAUGAUGCUCUUCGGGAGCUUUCGUCUCCCGGGAAAAGUGGAAGCAUCUUCUACUUGACCCAGGAUGAUAGAUUCAUGAUAAAGACAGUGAAGAAAUCUGAAGUCAAGGUGCUUAUUCGGAUGCUUCGGAGUUAUUAUCAACAUGUGUCUCGAUAUGAAAAUUCACUUGUGACGAAAUUCUAUGGGGUGCACUGUGUCAAGCCAAUUGGAGGCCAGAAGAUCCGGUUCAUUGUGAUGGGAAAUCUUUUCUGCUCUGAAUAUCCAAUUCAUAGACGAUUUGAUUUGAAAGGAUCUUCUCAUGGUCGCACCACAGAUAAACCUGAGGAGGACAUUGAUGAAACAACCACCCUCAAGGACCUUGAUCUCAACUUUGUUUUUCGUGUACAAAGAAAUUGGUUCCACGAACUCAUCAAGCAAAUUGAGCGGGACUGUGAGUUCUUGGAAGCUGAGAAAAUUAUGGAUUACAGUCUUUUGGUUGGCAUUCAUUUUCGUGAUGAUAAUACGUGUGACAAAAUGGGAUUGUCACCUUUUCUUUUACGCACUGGCAAUCGGGAUACUUAUCAGAAUGAAAAGUUGAUGCGUGGUUAUCGCUUUCUUGAAGCAGAGCUACAGGAUAGAGAUCGAGUUAAAUCUGGAAGGAAAUCAUUAAUCAGGCUAGGAGCCAAUAUGCCUGCAAGAGCAGAGCGAGUGGCCCGGAGGAGUGAUUUUGAUCAAUACACUACUGCUGGAAUCAGCCAUUUGACCCCUUAUCGCAGUGGGGAGACUUACGAUGUCAUUCUAUACUUUGGGAUUAUUGACAUUUUGCAAGAUUAUGAUAUCAGCAAAAAGCUUGAGCAUGCUUACAAGUCCUUGCAAGUUGACUCUACUUCAAUUUCUGCUGUUGAUCCAAAGCUAUACUCGAAGAGGUUUCGUGAUUUUGUAGGGAGAAUAUUCAUUGAAGAGAGGUAGCAGAUGGGUUAACAAUGAGGCUGGAAUAUUUCUCUUCCUGAAGGUGAAGAUGCCUGAUUGCUCAUAACAUCCAGGAAAAAAAUGCGUGAAAUUUGAAACCCUUGUCAAAGGUCUUGGAGUUGACUGGUUAAAAUGCCUCGCCACGGUCAAAUGGCUGACCGAAGUUCCCUGGAAUUGGGGUUUUUUAUGGCUUAAUUUUAUAAACACAGCCAUUGUGAUGGUGUGCUGAAGGAUGGGAAAACUUGUACAUGGAAGAUUGGGAUGAAGUUCGGAAUUUGUUUUUUCUUUCCUUUGUUUUAGGAAAUGGGGUGGGGCUUGUUGAAAUUUUUGUGGUUACUACUAAAUAGAAUUUGAAUAUAUGGUGGUGGGAGAGAUAGGAAGAGGGAACAACGUGGAGUGUUGUUUCCCUGAGCUUUGAUUCAAAAUGCGUGGAUAAGUGUAGGAAAUAAACAAAAAAAAGAAUGUACAGUGUUUAUACAAAGGAUGGAUAGUUGAAAGAAUUUUUUUUUUCUACUUUGAUUACUUGAAUUAUUGAGAGACAUUUUGAAGA